AAAACGUUGAUUUUAAUUGGUUAUCGUUUGUUAUAUAAAGCGGUCGUUUCCCGUGUGCUUCCUGUUUACUUCUACCAUAUAGCUCGUAGCAAGAAGGUGGCGGGAAACCUUUUAGAAAUAAAGAACAAAAAUGAUGAACGGAUCAGGAGAUAGUUUUUACCUUCAGAAGGACAUCAAAGACGAUGAUCCAGAAAUGGCAGCAAUUAUUAGAAAUGAAAAAAAUAGACAAAUGAAAGGCCUAGAACUGAUUGCAUCAGAAAAUUUCACUAGCAAAGCAGUUAUACAAGCACUGGGUUCCUGUUUGACUAAUAAAUAUUCUGAGGGGCAACCAGGUCAAAGGUACUAUGGUGGAAAUGAAUUUAUUGAUGAGAUGGAAAGACUGUGCCAAAGGAGGGCGUUAGAGGCUUAUAAACUUGACCCUGCAAAAUGGGGAGUAAAUGUUCAACCAUUGUCUGGAAGUCCAGCAAACUUUGCAGUAUAUACAGCACUAGUAGGACCACAUGGUAGAAUUAUGGGUCUUGAUUUACCUGACGGUGGACAUUUAAGUCAUGGUUUUAUGACUCCUACUAAGAAGAUCUCAGCAACAUCAGUGUACUUUGAAUCAAUGCCAUAUAAAGUUAACCCAGAAACAGGGCUGAUUGAUUAUGAUGAACUCCACAGAAAUGCCAAACUGUUUCUACCAAAAAUGAUUGUAGCAGGUAUCAGUUGUUAUUCCAGAAAUCUAGAUUAUGCCAGGUUCAGGAAAGUGGCUGAUGAGAAUGGUGCUUACGUGUUGGCAGAUAUGGCUCAUGUUAGUGGAUUAGUAGCGACAGGAUUAGUGGCUAAUCCAUUUGAACAUUGUGAUGUUGUUACUACAACAACCCAUAAAUCACUCAGAGGACCCAGAUCAGGAAUGAUCUUCUACAGAAAAGGUGUUCGAAAGGUACUCAAAGAUGGUAAAGAAGAAAUGUAUGAUUUAGAGAAAAAGAUAAAUGAAGCUGUGUUUCCAGGCUUACAAGGUGGUCCACAUAAUCAUCAGAUUGCAGCUGUUGCAGUAGCCUUGAACCAGGCAUGUAGACCAGAAUUCAAAGUUUAUCAAGAACAAGUAAUAGCCAAUGCCCGUGUAAUGAGUAAAGUAUUACAAGAAAAGGGAUAUAAGGUUGUAACAGGUGGUACUGACAAUCAUUUAAUCUUGGUUGACUUGAGACCAAAUGGAAUAGAUGGUGCUCGGGCUGAGAAAGUUCUGGAAGAUGUUAGUAUAGCUCUGAACAAAAACACCUGUCCAGGUGACAAAAGUGCUCUUAAACCAAGUGGUCUUAGAAUAGGAUCUCCUGCUCUUACCUCCAGAAAUAUGAAGGAAAAAGAUUUUGAACAAGUAUCAGAGUUUAUACAUCAAGGGUUAGUGAUAACAAAGGAAGCUAUGGAAGGUUGUGGACCAUUAUUGAAAGAUUUUAAGGCUAAGAUAAUAACAGACGAAAAGAUUAAACAGAAAAUAGCAGCACUAAAGGCAGAUGUCGAGAAGUUUGCUAUACAGUUUCCAAUGCCAGGACUUGAUGGGUGGUGAAGGAUUUAUGUUAAUGACUCAGAGGGUUAUAGCUGUAAUGCACAUGUGUUGUAGUAUCUGCUAUGUUUUAAUGGCAUAAUUUGUGGGUUAAUAAAUACAUAAUAUGAAUAUUAAUUUUUAAGAAUGAUUAUGGGAGUAAAAAUGACAUGGUGAAUUAAUUUAUAUAUUUUUAAAGUUAUCAUGGAUGUUCACAAUUGUGUAUACUUGUACUGUUUAAACGAUGCAUGCAGAGAAUGAUUUAGAAAGAACCAGCAUGUGAAGAUCAACACUAUUUUUAAUGUUACAUGAAAGAACUUGUACAUGACUUAAUUGUGAUAUUGAAAUAUUUUCAUUUGUUAAUGUCAAUGAAUUCAUUUAUGAGUUAACAUGUGAUUUUAAACAAGGGAGACAUUUUUAUGGCUGGUGAUUUUUCUAAGUUCUUUGUGUGUUCCCAGGGUACCAUAUUUAUAUGAACUAGGCACUAGUUGUAUUUGUUUUGUUUGUUUAAUUGAUGGAGUUAAGCACCACUUUAUAUGCCUCUGUACACUUCCAUGGUAUACAUUUUUGUUGGGAGGAAGAAAGUAUGUCCAGGGUAAAAACCCCAACCCUUUAGACUUAGUUUUGGUAACUUUACCAAUGUGCAUAACCCGAGCAAGGCCCUAUUCAUGUAUGAAAACUAUGAAUGUUUUAGCGUUUAAUUUAUGUUAUAGUUUUAUUUUUACACGGUGAAAAGAUUGAGAUUAAUGUUAUUGUUGUGUUUUUGUUUGGCAAAAUCUUGUCUUGUAAAGAUGCCCUGGUUAUAGCUGUCUGUCCCUCCUAAGUUAUUUAGAAUGUGGGACCAAAAUUAACCAUUAGUUAUCUGAAUAUACAUAUGUUGCAGAAAAUAUUCAAUAAGAAAUAGAUAAAAAAGUUAGAAUGACGUGACAUUUGACCCGUAUCCAAAAAUUGUUAGGGUGGUUCAUACACACUUCAUUUGUCUUGUGGGUAGAUUUGGGUUGAAGUAUUAAACCUAUAAAUACUUCUACAAGGUGAUUUUUUUUUUACUUUAUAUAAAAUAUAAUUAAUGUGUUUUAAAUGAUGUUAUUUCUUAGUUGGUUUACGUUUGUUCAUUUUCACGUUUAUUCUAUUAUUGAUGGAGUUUGAAGAAAAAAAGUUGAGUACUAAAAAUCUGGCAGUUAACAGAAAAACUGAGUGCCUUUUUUCAGUAUUAGAUGUAACAUUCCUCAACUUGUAAUACCUAGAUAUGAAUGUUAUGUCUUAUAUGACAAAUAAAUAUCAACCAUGACAGUACCAUUCAACUAAAUAAUUUAGAUUUAUUAUGGUAUUACUUGUUUACUUGACUCAUGUCUAUAUAUCUGGAAAUCAAAAUCAUUAUCAUUUUUCAUUGCAGUCAUUCUUUCAUAAACAUCAUAUAGUUCAAUGACAAUCUUGCUAAAUUACUUUUAACUUAUUUUUUUAUUGGUUGAUUUCUGAAGAAAAUUCAUACACUUCAACUGUAAUAUCUUUGUAUGUGCCAUUGUACAGGGGCUUUAAGUAAUUGUAAGGUUAAUCUUUUUCCUUCUGUUCAAAAGAUCUCUUAAAAUAUGAAUUAAAGAUUUGAAAUUAUGUAAAGGAAUCAUGUGAAGAAAUCCUUUUUAUUUAUUAUUUAUGAAACAUUUGUGAUUGUGCAGAUUAAAUCUGUUUAUUGGUUUUUCUCCCUUUAUAUUCAUUUUGUGAAGAGAAGCAGUUUUGUAUAAGAAACAACCAAAUAAAAGCAAGAUACAAAUUAA